ACGGAGUGGCCAAUCAGAAAGCAGCGCGCCAAUGUUGAAAAAGAUAAUUUUUUUUAGAAACAUAUGAGUGCAGUAAGUCGCCAUUUCGACUUCACGACAGUUGUUACGAGUUGCAGAAAUGUCCGUAAAGCAGAUUUAUUACUCGGAGAAAUACUACGACGACAUCUUUGAGUACAGACAUGUCUUGUUACCCAAAGAAAUAGCCAAGCUUGUCCCUAAAAGACAUCUUAUGUCUGAAACUGAAUGGCGAAGUCUUGGUGUUCAACAGUCACAAGGGUGGGAACAUUACAUGAAGCAUGACCCAGGUAUGUAUACACGCUUGACAAGGAAGUUCAUUGCUUACAAAAUAAGUUUAGUUUGAGUUUUAAACUUUCCACUUAAAUUACUCAAGGUAUUCAAAGUAGAAACUUGUGCUGUGAAUGGAUGUGUAUGAAACACAUGCCAUUAUUUUGUACAUGACGCAAAUUCUAAAAUCUCAUAAGCUUACUGCCAGGUCCACUUAACUUGUCCACUUAAACUUGUGUUGUAAAUGGAUCUGUAUAAAACACAUGCCAU